GGCAUUAGUUGUUUAGGAUCUGCCAAGCAGGACGCACAAGGCUUGAGGCAUAUCAGGGAGUCAUGGCAGGACAGGUGCAGUUGGCGGUGGCGGCAUUAGUCACCCUCGUCGCGGCCACGGAGGCGAAUGUCCAAUUAAAAGACAACGGCUACGAGGGAGUCUUGGUGGCCAUCUCGCCCUCUGUGAAUGAGUCUUACGCCGGGGACGUCAUCGCUUCGAUCAAGAAGACAUUUAGCGACGCCUCCGAGGUGCUGUUCAAGGCUACUCAUCAGAGGGCCUUCUUCAGGGACGUCAAGAUCCUCCUGCCGAAGACCUGGACGAAGACGCCAUCUGACGCAGUCGCCCUCAAAGAGAACUUCGACGAGAGCCACAUCAGAGUAGACGUCGGUUCGAGAAUCUACGGCAACCAACCCCACACAGAGCAGCCCGGAGGUUGUGGCGAUCCCGGCCUGUACAUUCAUCUUACUCCCGAAUACCUGGUCGAUGACAAGGAGUCAGACGUCUGGGGACCAAGAAGCAAGGUUUUGGUUCACGAGUGGGCCAAAUUACGCUGGGGAGUGUUCGAUGAAUUUGGGUAUCCGAAUGAUGAGAUGUAUCCCCUCUUCUACGCAUCCCAAAAUAUAGUUGGAGACAAGGUCGAAGUCAUAGCCCUUCCAAACCACUGUGCCGACAAGAAACUUUUGGGAAAGCUUAGAGACAUCACGGGGUCGUCUUGCUCGUACGUUGGCGAUCUCCCAGACGAGAAUUGCCGCUUCAUUCCUGACGAUGACCAAGACGCCGUCUCCUCGCUCAUGUCCCUCUACUACAUUGCAAGCGUCGAGGAGUUCUGCGGUGAAACGAGGCAUCACAACUUGAUGGCACCAAACAAGCAUAACAAUAAAUGUAAUCUCCGUUCCGUGUGGUCGGUAAUAGAGUCGCAUCCCGAUUUCAAAGACGACAACAACCCACAAACGCAGACCGCCUCGCCGACCACAUUCACGGUGCUGCGUCAGGAGGCGGCGAAAUUCGCGCUGGUCCUCGACUACUCCAACAGUAUGUGGAGUUACAACAGGAUUAAGAAGCUCCAGGCGACGGCUAGACGCUGGAUCCUUCACGAGGUGGCUGAGGGCAGCUCCGUGGGCAUCAUCAAGUUCAGAGAGAAGGCGAAUUUAGAAGCUCCCCUUACAGUAAUAAAGGGCGAAGCGUCCCGGAAAAAGCUAGCCGAUCGUAUAGAUACGAAAGUCAUGUCGAACACCAGUAUAGGAGCAGGGCUGUCCCUCGCCAUGGACGAGAUGCUGAAUCGAGAAAAGAAUGCGGUGAUUUUGCUCAUUACUGACGGCAAAGAAAACGAAUCUCCCCACAUUCACGACAUCGAGGACCAGUUGGCGGCAUCUGGCAUCCGAGUUGUUACUAUCGCUUUCGGGGCAGAAGCAGACCAGCAACUGGAGAAGAUUGCCCAGCUGACAGAUGGGAAAACAUAUACAGUAGUUGAUACAGACAGUGAUAGCCAGCUUCUCGAUGCCUUCCUUGGGGCGCUCACAUACCAACCUGGAGAUUAUGUGGCUGACACCAAAGUCAGGAUACAUGCUUACAGUGGAACAGAUAAGCAAGUAAAUAAGGAAUUCCUCGUCGAUGCCUCAAUAGGACGCGACAUGCUCUUUCAGCUGAAGACAAACGCCUCGGAGCACACUGUGUCUCCCCCAUACCUGGUGCGACCUGAUGGAACCCGAGUAGAAACAGCGACCUUUGAGCCUCUUAUCGUGAGUUGGACCAUAAAAGUGUCCCUAGCUGAGCCAGGAAGAUGGAUGUGGGUAGCCAAUAUGUCAGGCAACAAUAACAGUUACAUCCAAGUAGACGUUUCAGCCAAGGCAAGAAACCCAGACAUCCUACCUAUCUUCACGCGAGCUUGGACAAGUUCCGGAUCAAGUGGUGUUGAUGCAACUGUUUCUCCAGUUAUUGUAUAUGCAGAAGUGAAACAGGGCAGCAACCCUGUUAUUGGUGCAACAGUCAGGGCGUACAUUGACCACAUAAGCAUCCCAGAGGAGGCGAUGGAGCUGGAUCUCUUGGACAAUGGCCAAGGUGCUGACUCUCAGGCUGGUGAUGGUAUUUACUCCCGCUACCUCACGCAGUACCCUUCCACCGGCAGAUAUAUUGUCAGGGCUCAGGCAUGGAACAACGGCAGCGCCUUCAUCAACAACGGAUUCACAGCCAACCGCGCACCUCACCGACGCCACGCUAGAGUUUUUACGGCUAAGCCACUUGAGAUGCCGAUAUACUGCUGUGGCUCCAAAGUUCCCUUCAACGCAGAGAUAGCCGAGUAUGCUGAGGAGUUCAGCCGCUUUGUCGCCGCCGGAUCCAUUCAGAUACAUGCUUACAGUGGAACAGAUAAGCAAGUAAAUAAGGAAUUCCUCGUCGAUGCCUCAAUAGGACGCGACAUGCUCUUUCAGCUGAAGACAAACGCCUCGGAGCACACUGUGUCUCCCCCAUACCUGGUGCGACCUGAUGGAACCCGAGUAGAAACAGCGACCUUUGAGCCUCUUAUCGUGAGUUGGACCAUAAAAGUGUCCCUAGCUGAGGCAUGGAACAACGGCAGCGCCUUCAUCAACAACGGAUUCACAGCCAACCGCGCACCUCACCGACGCCACGCUAGAGUUUUUACGGCUAAGCCACUUGAGAUGCCGAUAUACUGCUGUGGCUCCAAAGUUCCCUUCAACGCAGAGAUAGCCGAGUAUGCUGAGGAGUUCAGCCGCUUUGUCGCCGCCGGAUCCAUUCAGGUGACCAAAAUCCCGGAAACUGGUGAUGCAUUCCCGCCCUCUCGCGUCACAGAUCUUCAGGUGGCUGGAACCUCACAUGCCAGUCUCACCCUCACCUGGACUGCACCUGGCGAUGACCUCGAUUCGGGAACAGUGUCCCGGUACGAAAUCCGCCUAAGCAGUAAUGACAGCGACUUACUUGACGUUGAUGCCGAGUACACGACCCUUCUGACUUUUGAAGAUUCAGUACAGAAGUCGGAACUGUAUGUCGACGCCGGUGAAACGGUUAAAGCUACGCUGGAUUUGAAAGAGAGCAUUGAAAUUGAAAAGGUGUAUUACCUGACGCUGCGAGCAUCAGAUAAUGUUGGAAAGUUGAGCUCCUACUCAAACGUGGCCCUAGUUUUCAUAGCGAACGAACCGGCGGGGCAAAAGCUUGAAAUAUGGAUCCUCAUCUCCAUUGUAAGUUCAAUCUUCAUCAUCAUGACUGCAGUCUGUUUAAGGACGCCGCUGUUAAAUAGGUAAUUCAGAACAUUAAUUUCUUGGUU